AUGUUAUCAUUUCUUUUACUAUCGUUACUAGUUGGAGUCGGUGCCAGCUCUUAUGGAUGUCCAACUAAUGUAACAUGUGUUGCUAAAGAAACAUGUUGUCAAACAGACACUGGUUUAUGGGCAUGUUGUCCUAUGGAAGAUGGGCUUUGUUGUGACGAUGGCCUUCAUUGUUGUUCAAAAGGUCAAACAUGCUUGCCUACUGGACAAUGCUCUUCAAAUUCAAAUGAUAUUUCUCCUGCUUUCAUAUUAGAAGUUCGACAAAAUCAAAUCAGUGCAGUCCCAUGUCCAGAUGGCAGUUCUUGCCCUGACGGCAAUACUUGUUGUCAAUUAUCAUCUGGCAAAUAUGGCUGUUGCCCAAUUGUUGAUGCUGUUUGUUGCAGCGAUCAUCUUCAUUGUUGCCCUCAAGGAUAUGAUUGUGAUGUUGAACACUCACGAUGUAAAAAGAAGUUUGAUGAUUUAACUAGUGUUCCAUGUCCUGGUGGCUCCUCUGCAUGUCCUGACGGCCAAACAUGUUGUCAGUUAGAAUCAGGAGAAUAUGGUUGUUGUCCAUUAGCUGACGCUGUUUGUUGUAGUGAUCAUCUUCAUUGUUGUCCUCAUGGAUAUACUUGUGACGUGGAAAAAGGCCAAUGUAAUCAAGAAAUUUCAAUUCCUUGGUUUACAAAAACACCAGCAUUUCCUCGAAAACAAAAAUUAGUUGAUGUUAUUGAUGAUAAGGAAACAGAUAUGCAUGAAUUAAUUUCAUCAUCAAAUCCAAAUGCACAAAUAAUUUGCCCUGAUGGCACAAGUCUGUGUCCAUCAACGUCAACUUGCUGUUUGUCACCAGAGUCAAUAUGGGGUUGUUGUCCAGUAGAAAAUGCCGUUUGUUGUUCGGAUCAUAUACAUUGUUGUCCACAACAUUAUAAAUGUGAUUUACAUAUAUUUAAAUGUGAUCAUACAUUAUUUGGAUCAAUACCAAUUCUACGAAAACAAUCAUCUGUAAAUUCAAUUUUAUCAAAUGUAAUUCUUUCAGAUGUUCAAUCAACUAUAUCAACAAUUCAAUGUCCUGAUGAAAAAUCACUUUGUCCUGAAGAAACAACUUGUUGUGAAUUGAAAAAUGGUGCAUAUGGAUGUUGUCCAUAUUCACAAGCAUCAUGUUGUUCCGAUAAAAUUCAUUGUUGUGGAAAUGGAUAUUCAUGUGAUGAAAGUAGUAAACGAUGUAUUCGCCAUUUCGAUUCAUUGAAUAAAACAGAUAUAAUUCCAUCUACUCGAAAAUUAGUAGCUUUGAAAAAAAAAGAAAACACAAUUCAACGAUUCUAUCCAUUAUCUCCAUUAAAAGAUCAACAAUGUCCUGAUGGAAAAACAAUAUGUUCACCGAAUUCAACAUGUUGUCCUAAUAAAGAAAAUGAUCAAAUUACUUAUUCAUGUUGUCCAUAUUCAAAAGGCGUAUGUUGUGGUUCGAACGGCGCAGUUUGUUGUCCGAACGGUUAUAUUUGUGAUGAGCAACAACUUUCUUGUCAAUUAAGUAACUUAAUAUUAGUGCGAGAGGCACCACCAAAUAAUGAUUACAAUCGAUGUGGAACAUCAGAGGUUGCUUGUUCAUAUGAUCAAACAUGUUGUAGAACAUAUGGAUCAGCUGAUGGAGAAUACGCAUGUUGUGGCUUUCCUGAUGCUCAAUGUUGUGAAGAUGGUCGCCAUUGUUGUCCGAGAGGAUCCAGAUGUGAUGUUCAAUCCGGUGGUUGUGUUGAAAAUUAUUAA